AUGCUCAAGAGCCUGAUACCCGCGCGCUCUGCGCCAUUGCGCCAUGCGCUCCGCAACUCCAACACCAGUUCCACCACUACUUUCCGCAGCACAUCCCUCCUGCAGGACCGAUUAAGACAACGGAGAGGUUACGCCACUGAGACUGAGGAAAAGGAUUUGGUCAUCAUCGGAGGCGGCGUGGCGGGAUAUGUGGCCGCCAUCAAGGCAGGUCAGGAGGGUCUCAAGGUUGCGUGCAUAGAAAAGCGUGGAUCCCUCGGAGGCACAUGUCUCAACGUAGGCUGCAUUCCCUCCAAGUCACUCCUCAACAACUCCCACCUCUACCACACCGUACUCCACGACACGAAGAACCGCGGAAUCGACGUCGGCGAUGUCAAGCUCAACCUUGCUCAGAUGAUGAAGGCCAAGGAGACUUCUGUCAACGGCCUCACCAAGGGUAUUGAAUUUCUGUUCAAGAAGAACAACGUCGAGUACAUCAAAGGCACCGGAAAAUUCGCGGAUGAGCACACUGUUGCUGUCAACCUCGUUGACGGCGGCGAGACCAGUGUACGUGGAAAGAACAUUAUCAUUGCUACCGGAUCCGAGGCCACGCCUUUCCCUGGCCUUACCAUCGACGAGAAGCGGGUCAUCACAUCCACCGGCGCCAUUGCGUUGAAGGAGGUGCCUAAGAAGAUGGUCGUUAUUGGUGGUGGAAUCAUUGGCCUGGAGAUGGGAAGUGUCUGGAGCAGACUGGGAGCUGACGUGACCGUUGUUGAGUUCCUGGGCCAGAUCGGAGGACCUGGCAUGGAUGCCGAGAUCAGCAAGAACAUUCAGAAGACGCUCGGGAAGCAGGGCAUGAAGUUUAAGCUCAACACCAAGGUCAACUCCGGCGAUGACAGUGGUGAGCUGGUCAAGCUUGAGGUUGAGGCUGCCAAGGGCGGAAAGAACGAGACUCUUGAAGCAGAUGUCGUCCUCGUCGCCAUUGRCCGUCGCCCAUACACCGAAGGUCUCGGCCUUGAGGACAUUGGACUCGAAACCGACAACCGCGGGCGCCUAGUGAUCGACUCCGAGUACCGCACUAAGCUACCUCACAUCCGAGUCAUUGGCGACUGCACGUUCGGUCCUAUGCUUGCCCACAAAGCCGAGGAAGAGUCCGUCGCAGCUAUCGAAUUCAUCACAAAGGGCUACGGACACGUCAACUACGGUGCCAUUCCUUCCGUCAUGUACACCCACCCCGAGGUCGCAUGGGUAGGCCAGAAUGAGGCGGAGCUCAAGGAGGCAGGCGUAAAGUACAAGGUCGGCACAUUCCCCUUCUCGGCCAACUCGCGUGCGAAGACCAACCAAGACUCGGACGGUCUUGUAAAGUUUUUGGCGGAUGCUGAGACGGAUCGCAUCCUCGGAGUUCACAUUGUCGGACCCAACGCCGGCGAGAUGAUUGCUGAGGGUACCCUAGCGUUGGAAUACGGCGCCAGCACAGAGGACAUUGGAYGAACAAGCCACGCGCAUCCUACUCUCGCCGAGGCGUUCAAGGAGGCUGCGAUGGCUACUUAUGGCAAGGCCAUCCACUACUAA